GGGAAAAGGCAGACAGUGGGAGGGACUCCUGCAGCAGACGUGCACAGCGAGUCAGCGGAGACAAGUACAAAAUGUGGUUGGUUUUGUUCAGCCUGGUGUGUAUUUUUUUGUUUUAUCGAUGGCUGAGAGAACUAAGACGAGUCCCGGAAUUCAACAAAAAAUACGUCUUCAUCACAGGCUGUGAUUCUGGCUUUGGACACCUACUGGCCAAACGUUUGGACCAUUUGGGCUUCCGCGUGUUUGCAGGCUGCUUCACCGAGAAAGGCCAGGAUGAGCUGAAGAAGAGCACAUCUGACAAAUUGGUGACCUUUCAUCUGGACGUGACAAAGUCAGAUAGCAUACGAAAAGCCGCAGAGCUCAUCAAGUCCACGGUGGGGGAGGCUGGUCUCUGGGGAUUAGUCAAUAACGCUGGCAUCUCCGUGCCCGCUGCAUCCUGUGACUGGCUCAACAUAGAUGAUUACAGGCAGAUGUUGGACGUCAACACAUUUGGAGUGAUUGAAGUGACACUCAGUGUGCUUCAGCUGAUCAAAAAAGCCCGUGGGAGAAUUGUGAACAUGGCCAGCGUGUUUGGGCGAAUCAGUCCAGUCGGUGGACCCUACUGUGUUUCUAAAUAUGCCGUUGAGGCCUUCAAUGACUGCACCAGAAUAGAUAUGAAACCUUUUGGAGUGAAAGUUUGCUGCCUUGAACCUGGAUUUUUCAAAACAACCAUAACAGACAGUGACGUCAUAGAAAGGAACCUUCGUAGAAUUUGGGAGAGACUACCUGGGAACAUUAAAGAAGACUAUGGAAGUGACUUUCUAGAAAAAGCUCUGAAGUUAUCCAGUGAGACGCUGGCAAAACUGCCUGACGCCAACCUGAUGAAAGUCGUGAGCUGCAUGGAGCAUGCCAUCGCCGCCGUGCAUCCACGAACCCGCUACUCACCAGGCUGGGAUGCUAAGUUCCUCUGGCUCCCUCUGUCUUACAUGCCCACUGUGAUCUCUGACUAUGUGAUAACCAUGAAAGGCUUAAAGCCAGCCAAGGCUGUUGUCUGAAGUUAAUGUUACCUGAGUGGAACUUCCUGAAUGGGGGGUGUGGUGGUGGACAGCAGGUGUGCCCGGUUAUUACCCAGAAGAAGGGAAGAGAUUAUACAUGAUGCCCAAUGUGUGUAUUUGAAAUUGUUGUUAAAGCAUUAGUUCAGUAUUUUUCAAGUCAAAUUUACAUUACAUCAUCACAAAUAAAGUAUAUAUGUAUUUGCCAAGUGA